CUCGGAGCGAGUCGGCAGGCAUGUGGACGUCCGUCGGCGGUGCCACGGAGCCUUCCGGCGCCAGGGCAUCCAGCGGUCGUUUCUGGGUUAUCGUCCUGGGAGUAGCGGCCGUGCUUUUCCUCCUCGGGUUCUUCAUCGGAUGGUUUGCAAAACCUACAGAAAAGAAGACAUCUGUGAGGCCUCCUGAGGACAUGAAGGCAGCAUUUAUGGCUGAAAUGAAAGCUGGAAACAUCAAGCAGUUUCUUUACAAUUUUACACAGCUUCCUCACCUGGCAGGAACAAAGGAGAAUCUGCAUCUGGCACAGCAAGUCCAAGCUGAGUGGAAGGAGUUUGGUUUGGAUUCUGUUCAGCUGGUUCAUUAUGAUGUCUUGCUCUCUUACCCAGAUGACUCUAAGCCCAACUACAUCUCAGUAAUUGAUGAGCAUGGAAAUGAGAUUUUCAACACAUCAUUGUCUGAGCCUCCUCCUCCAGGAUAUGAGGAUGUUAGAGGUGUGGUGCCACCCUACAAUGCAUUUUCAGCCCAAGGAGUGCCAGAGGGUGAAUUAGUGUAUGUGAAUUAUGGCCGCACUGAGGACUUCUUUCUUCUAGAGCGGACAAUGGGAAUUAACUGCACAGGAAAGAUUGUUAUUGCCAGAUAUGGGAAGAUCUUCAGAGGAAACAAGGUGAAGAACGCUGAACUGGCAGGUGCCAAGGGAAUUAUUCUGUACUCUGACCCUGCUGACUACUGUGCCCCAGGAGUAGAUCCCUAUCCAAAUGGCUGGAACCUUCCAGGUGGAGGAGCCCAGCGUGGAAAUGUGUUAAACUUGAAUGGGGCAGGAGAUCCUCUGACACCAGGUUAUCCUGCAAAAGAAUACACCUACCGAGUGGACAAAGCCAGGGGGGUAGGUCUCCCAAAAAUUCCGGUUCAUCCCAUAGGCUACCAUGAUGCUGAAUCACUACUGCGUGACAUGGGAGGACAAGCACCACCAGAGAGUAGCUGGAAAGGAAGUUUGAAUGUAUCUUACAAUGUUGGUCCAGGUUUCACAACAACUGCAAGGAAGGUGAAAAUGCACAUUCAUAGCAACAAUGAAGUAAGAAGGAUUUACAAUGUGAUUGGUACCAUCAGAGGUACAGUAGAGCCAGACAGGUAUGUCAUCCUGGGAGGUCACCGCGACUCUUGGGUGUUUGGCGGCAUUGAUCCUCAGAGUGGAGCUGCUGUGGUUCAUGAGAUUGUGAGGAGCUUUGGAAAACUGAAAAGGCAAGGAUGGGGGCCAAGGAGGACAGUGAUAUUUGCAAGCUGGGAUGCAGAGGAAUUUGGCUUGUUAGGAUCAACAGAGUGGGCUGAGGAAAAUGCCAAAAUACUGCAAGCACGGGGAGUGGCUUAUAUCAAUGCAGAUUCCUCCGUCGAAGGUAACUACACACUACGGGUGGAUUGCACGCCGCUGAUGUACAGACUGGUGUACAAUCUGACUAAAGAGAUACCAAGUCCUGAUGAGGGCUUCGAAGGAAAAUCUCUUUAUGAGAGCUGGUUACAAAAAAAUCCAUCAGUAGAAUACAGCAAUGUUCCCAGAAUAAAUAAGCUGGGUUCUGGCAAUGACUUUGAAGUCUUUUUUCAACGCCUUGGCAUUGCUUCAGGCAGAGCACGUUACAGUAAAAACUGGGAUGUAGAAAAAUACAGCAGCUAUCCAGUUUAUCACAGUGUCUAUGAAACCUAUGAAAUUGUGGAGCAGUUUUAUGAUCCCACUUUCAAGAACCAUCUGACGGUCGCUCAGGUACGGGGAGGGCUGGUUUUUGAACUGGCCAACUCCGCUGUGCUUCCUUUCGACUGUAGAGAUUAUGCAUCAGCUGUGAGCAACUAUGCUCACAUCAUCUAUAAUUUGUCAAGGAAACAUGAAGAGGCACUGGCAACAUACAAUGUGUCCUUUGAUGCUCUAUUUUCUGCUGUGAAAAAUUUUACAGAAGUUGCUGCUAGCUUUCAUGAGAGACUGCAACAAAUAGAUACCAAUGACCUACUUGCUGUCAGAUCACUGAAUGAUCAGCUCAUGUUUCUAGAAAGAGCUUUCAUUGAUCCUCUUGGAUUGCCUGGCAGGCCGUUCUAUAGACACAUCAUCUUUGCUCCAAGCAGCCACAACAAGUAUGUAGGAGAAUCAUUCCCAGGAAUCUAUGAUGCCAUGUUUGACAUUGAAAACAAAGCUGAUCAAGAGGAAGCCUGGGAUGAAGUCAAGAGGCAGAUUUCCAUUGCAGCCUUCACCGUGCAGGCAGCAGCAGGGACGCUGAACGAAGCAGCAUAAAUAUCAGUAACAUAAUCAUCCACAAAGACUAUGUAUGACAGUUUGCAGCAGCCUUACAAACAGGGCAUUUUAAACCACCAGGAUGAUUAUUAGAAAGACCCCCAAAAUCAAACAAAAUCUUUCUCAAGUAUUAUGCCCAAGUGGAAUGCAUUUGUCAAUGUUAACAAGGUAAUGUACUGCAAUAGACAUCUGGCUUCAGAUGACUUCUGAAGUGAGAGUGAAAUAGUUUCAUGUUUUCUCUCAGCUUCAUGUUUGAGAAUUGCUAACCACUGGGUUGUUUUUUUCCAGAGUUCUGGAUAUCCCUAGCUUGAUUAUUACAGCAGUACCCAGGGCAUUAGGAAGCCAGAAGUCAUUUUUCAUGUUUCCAUCAAUUUCUAAUUUUGUUGUUGAUUUUUUAUUUAUUUACCUUGAAGCUGUAAAAUUAUACUCCAAGAUAGCCCUUCCAGCUCUCCUUUUACACAAAGCAUCAUGUUUAGUUGAUUACAUGGUGUUGGAUGAUAGGUUGCACUCCAUGUUC